AUGAUGGCCACCAGCUACCAAGACCCGCCGCCCGAGGACACGGUGGCCCUGCUGCAUCAGGCCAGCAAGGAGCCCGGCAGCGAGGCGGGGGCCAAAGGGGAGCUGAGCCCGGCCUCCAGCAAGACGCCCUCGGCAGGGGCCGCGGCGGCGGCGGCGGCGGAGAAGGGCGACCCCUCUCAGAAGCCGCCCUACUCGUACGUGGCGCUGAUCGCCAUGGCCAUCCGCGAGAGCGCCGAGAAGCGGCUGACGCUGUCGGGCAUCUACCAGUACAUCAUCAGCAAGUUCCCCUUCUACGAGAAGAACAAGAAGGGCUGGCAGAACAGCAUCCGCCACAACCUGAGCCUCAACGAGUGCUUCAUCAAAGUGCCGCGAGAGGGCGGCGGCGAGCGCAAAGGCAACUACUGGACCCUCGACCCGGCCUGCGAGGACAUGUUCGAGAAGGGCAACUACCGCCGCCGGCGCCGCAUGAAGAGGCCCUUCCGCCCGCCCGCCGGCCACUUCCAGCCCGGCAAGAGCCUCUUCGGCGCGGCGGCCGAGGCGGCGGGCUACGGCUACCUCGCGGCGCCGCCCGCCAAGUACCUGCAGGCGCCCUUCCUCAACGCCGCCGCCUGGUCCCUGGCGCAGCCCGCGCCACCCCCGCCGCCGCCCCAGGCGCCCUCGGCCGGCGCGUACGCGGCCUGUCAGAUGGCGGCCGUGGACGGGGGAGGCGGCGGCGGCGGGGGCGGCGGCGGCGCGGGAGGCGCGGGCAGCGGCGCGGCCACGGGCGCGCUCAGCCCGGUCAGCGGCGUCAAGGGCGUGGGACUCUCGGCCGGGCCCGGCGCCGCCGCCGCCGCCUACGGCCCUUACUCGCGCUUGCCCGCCAUGGUGAACUCGUACAACGGCAUGGGCCACCACCACCCGCACGCCCACCACCCGCACGCCCACCACCACCACCCGCACGCCCACCAUCACCACCACCACCACCACCACGCGGCCCAGCAGCUGGGCGCCGCCGCGGUGGCCGCCGCAGCCGCCGCCGCCGCCGCCGCCUCGGCCGGCAGCCCCUCGCCGCAAGCGGCGCCCAACGGAGCCGCCGGCCUGCAGUUCGCCUGCGCGCGCCAGCCGCCCGAGCUGGCCAUGAUGCACUGCUCCUAUUGGGACCACGACAGCAAACACAGCGCCUUGCACUCCAGGAUAGACAUCUGA